CGGUGUGUUACGUCUGUGUACAGCUCACAUGUGCAUGUGUUUGUGCUUGCAUGUUGUAAUGUGACUGUCAGCGGUUUUGCAUUUGAUUAAACAUGGCAAGUGGAGGCACUGAUAUGGCAGAGCGAGAUAUAAAGGCGAUUAUAUCCAUUAUUGAUUUGCUCAUCUCGGGGAAGCACUUGGAUAUGAAUGCACAAGUGGGCAGCUUUGACUUACUGCUGCAGCAGAGGCUUCGCUGUUUUUCCGAAGCAGUAUCCGCUGAUGCCAACCUUUCAAAGGUCCUCUCUGAAAAUGCGCCCCAUUUGCUUCAGCCUUGCGGCAGUGAGAACCUGUAUUGGCUCUACCUUGAUCACUGCAUUUCACUGUUGAUGCUUCUGAAAAAUCUCUUGGACACAGCAUCGAAGGCAGCAAUGCCACCACAGCUUCGGGGCCCUUCCCAGCAGUCCAGUGCACCACCGGCACCUCCCAGCUGCCUUGGUGCUCUGCAGCAGAAGACUGUGCAAAGCCUGCUGCAGUUUGUGGUGGCGCUCGGGAUCAACCCGAAUUUGUUGCCGGGAGUGGGGCUGGCACUAGAACGACGGACACUCAGCCCUGUUCCUGAGUGCAGCACACGUCUGCUCCCAUGGCAAAACCAUAGAUUCCUAGUAGCCUCUGUUCGAGCGCUUCUCGUGUGCAUCCAGAGCCCCGUGCUUUGCAGCAUGGUUUUGCAUCAUCACCUUGUUGAUGUUCUGGCAGCAUUACUACAACUUUGCCAUGCGCCAAUCCGUAAAAUUGCUAGUGACGAAAGCAGCAGACCGCAUUCUAGCUUGGAAAGCCAUCCUUCAACUGUUAAUCAGCUCAAUUUAUCAUUAGCAAGAUGUAGAGCUGGUGCACCGGCUGAUGAUGUCAGUUUAAUUCAAGAAAUGAUGGAGGACAGGCGAUACCUAUCUGCAGACUUGCAAUACCUGUUGGAAAAUACUCAUCAACCUAUGAUUGUUCGAGAGCUUCUGCUGUUACUUUCAAAUGCAUCAAAUCUCAAGUGUCAAAAUGUUUCAGGUGCUAAGAACACACCACGGUGGUUAACAGGCAUCUGUGGGCAACUUCUUACACAAAGUUUGCUGCGCAAAGGAGGCCUCGCUCAAGUUAUCCUUGGCAUAUUUGACGCAUGGUGUGUGGAUGGCACCGGGGGUGUGGUGUCUGAGGAAGACUGGAAGAAAUGUGAAACAUUUGCUAGGAUUGUUGCUAGGAUCCCAAGCACUAAGGGCAUUACUGUGGAAAGCUAUUAUGAAGGGAUUGCUGCACAGGUGGUGGAACUUUUCUUCCAGCCACAAGGCUCCAGCAUGGACAAGAUUGUCUUUCGUGUCGCAUGUGCUAUUGUGGGCGCUAUGCUGGAGGAGCAGCCGCAGAAAACAUCGUGCCUUGUUUUGAGCAAGAUCUUUAGACCCCUUUUCACCUGCACCUGUCAGCAGGGUGCUGCCUUGGCCUUGAAUGGUGCAGUUGCAUCAGAAGAGGAGUUGGGAAACUGCAUUGAAUUGAUACACAAGAUAGUUUCCUGCCUUGACCCCAGCCAUCCAAUUCUUGAAGCAAUAGUUCCAGUUUUUCCAGUAAUUUUUGAGAUCACCAUCUGCACUGAAAACACGGUAUCUUACCUGCGGAAACUAUGUGAAGAAGUUCUGUGUGCAGUGUACCACAGCCUGCCAUCUACAACUGCAGUGGAGUUACUACACUGGUGUCUCUUCAAGGCUACAAAUCAUCUUCCACUUGCAACACUACGUAAUGACAUUGUUUUUGUGCUUGGUAGUUCUGGUGGUGUUGAAGCAAUCAAUCGGUUGUUGCCAUUGAGUGAUGAAGAAUGGCUGAAACGGUCAGACCAAGCUUUCCUAGCUGCAGCCUCGGUGUUCCAGCAUGGCAGCUUCAAAGAAUCAUGCGUUAUAUUUUUCAUGUCUCUGCUGAAAAAACUGACUGGGGCCGUUGGAGACCUUCUGUCAGGAGAGACCAAUGACACAGUUUUGUCGCCUACAUCACAGUGUGAGCUCAACUCGCAGGAAGUAAAGGACAACCUACUUCUGUUACACCUUGUUGAAAAUUUUGCUGAUUUAAUAUCUGAAACUCUUUUACAAAAUAAGACCUCCCUCUUGGAAUUUGUUGUGGAAACAUUAAACCGAGUUACCCAGCUAUCGAAGAGUGCUGAAAUCAACAGUCUGGCCUUGCAAUCUACUAUAUUCUGCCUUACACUUCUGAGUCUCCUUAUCUCUGCAGAAGACAUGGCGGCAGCAAAGAAUAAGGAAUUGUGGCAACAGUGCUACAAGUGCCUGGCAUCUUUGGCAGGCAGCCACGGUAGCCCCGAGAUAAGAAACUUAGCACACCAGUUGCAGGUGUCAGUAGCAAGCCAAGGGGUAGCAGCACCACCACAGAAGCCAAGUGCUACAAGUAAUGCUGGCUUCUCUUCUCCACCAGUGGCAGAUGAUAAACACACCAAAGCUGCACGUCAAAAGAAAUUGGCUGCUAUUGCAGCUGGAUUUAACAUUUUGUCCAUUGAUGACAGCCUUAGCAAUGAAGCAGUGGUUGCAGAGGCCUCUCAACAGCAGCUUGGAGAGGAAACUGCUAGGGUGGCAGCAGAACCAUCAGGAGUCCCACCAGCUGCUGGGGGCACAGAAUUUGGGCAGUUAUGGUGCGAGUUGCAUGAUGGCAUGGCACCCAUUCGAGGCCAUGCAUUUAUUCAGCUGCGCCGAAAGCUUCUAGAGGGCAGUGCAGAAGUAUGGCAGCAGCGAGAUGAGUUGCUUGAAGCUUGCCACUCAGGCAUUCAAGAUGAAGAUUCAUAUGUCUACCUGAGCGCCAUCCAAGCUUUGUCUGUUCUUGUUGAGAGAGACCUGGACCAUCUGCUUCCAUGGCUGGCAGAGCAGCUGUCCCUGGAGCAGCUUUCAGUGGAAGCACGCCUCAACUUGGGAGAAGUUCUUUUACGAGUUACUAAAAACUUUGGUGACAUGGCUCCUAAGUACAGAAACCUGUUGGUGAAUAGCUUUUUGUGUGCUGCAAAGCACUCUGACCCAGUCAUCAGAUGCUCAGCCGUAUCGAAUCUGGGUGAAUUGUGUGGAAAGCUUGGUUACUCAUUUGUUCCAAUCACACAGGAGAUCCUUAACUGUCUCCAUGGCCUGAUCAGGGAUCCUGAUGCCUUGGUAUGUCAUGCUGCUGUGUUGGCUCUAGGUUGUAUUAUUCAAGGAAUGGGUCAAAGGAUAUUUCAAGUAAUGCCGCAUGAAGUGAAAGACAUCUAUCGAGAUCUAAAGCAUUUGUACACCACCACAUCUGACAGUGUGACAAAAAUACAGGCACAAUUGGCUAUUGAAAACCUCAACUCUGCAACACAGGAAUUUUUACGGUCUCAACCUCGUAUGGAAAAGCGUAUUCAAAUACUGGAUUUGUGCAAUCCCAGUGGAAGCUAAUUAAGUAUGUGCUGUUAAAGUUAUUUGUGUAUCAAUAAACUACUCUGAAUGGGAA